CAUUUCAUACUACAUCUGUCAUUUAUUGGAACUGUCGCGGCGAACUUGUUUUUGUUUAUAUUUCUGCGGUGUGCAACAAGUUCAACAAACUAUUUUUAAUUAAAUUGUUAAAUAAACAAAUCCAUAAACUAUCCCCAAUGAAUCGCUAUACAGUAAGCUCAUUAAUUGGUGAAGGCUCCUUUGGACGUGUAUACAGAGCGGCUCGUAAAGUCGAUGAUCAAAUAGUCGCCUUAAAAAUAAUAUCAAAACAAGGACGUUCUAAUAGAGAAUUAAAAAAUCUUCGACGAGAAUGCGAUAUCCAAGCAAAACUCAAGCAUCCAAAUGUCAUCGAGAUGUUCGAGUCCUUCGAGACAAAACACAAUCUAGUUGUGGUAACUGACUUCGCCCAAAUCGAUUUGCAUCGAUAUUUGGCAAAAAAUGGUGCUAUUUCAGAGGAAAAAGCUCAAAAACUCAUCUGCCAUUUGGUCUCGGCUCUAUACUAUUUGCAUUCCAAUCGAAUUCUUCAUCGUGACUUGAAACCACAAAAUGUCUUGCUAAAUGACGAUUUGCAAGCGAAGCUGUGUGAUUUUGGGCUAGCACGGAAUAUGACAAUGGGUACGCAUGUUCUUACAUCGAUCAAAGGAACGCCACUUUAUAUGGCGCCGGAAUUGUUGGCUGAAAGGCCAUACGAUCAUCAAGCUGAUCUGUGGUCACUAGGAUGUAUUUCCUAUGAAACUAUGGCUGGUCAACCGCCAUUCUGUACCACUUCUAUACUACAUUUGGUCAAGUUAAUCAAACACGAAGAAGUCAAAUGGCCGAGUUUUCUGUCAAGUGACUGUCGUUCGUUUUUGCAGGGGCUUUUGGAAAAAGAUCCAUCACUACGAAUAACCUGGGCACAGAUAUUAUGUCAUCCAUUUGUUGAAGGGAAACUUUUUAUAUCGGGUAUCAUGGCUGAAAAUUCGCCUUUCAUUAACCCGAAAAAGAAUUCUCGAGCCCAAAAGCAGAGCAGUUCCAGAGGAUCUCACGACAGAUCAAAUGAUGAGAAUCUCAGUAAAAACUUGGCAUCACUUUCUCUACAAGGUGGUUCACAAUGCACCGACAACCUAACUUCAUCUCGUGACAGUGUCAACGCCAUCCUCCAGAGUGACAUAGAGAAUUUGGAAACAGAUGUCGAAGAUGUUGGUAACAUUGUUACAGUUCCUUUCUCUGACAGACCAUACAAAAUUGAGUCAUCCCCUGCAAAAUCAAUUGAUCCUCUCAAAUCCAAUCAGCGAACAAGUGCAACACCAAAUGCAAAGUUUUGUUUCGUUUCUGGAAACUCAAACAUGAUUGUAAAUCAUUUGAAUGAUAAUUUCAAAUCCGAGCAACCACCGACUGAUACUCUUAAAUCAAAAGCUAAUCUGUCAUUGAAUAUAAAAAAGGCCACUUUGCCAAGUGCUCCAGAAAAGAAUAUCUCACGCAAUAAAGAUUUAGAGAAAAGAAAACUUAGCCAAAAUUUGGAUAAUUUUUCUCUCAGAUUAGGUAACAGUGUGGAUGUGGAAAAUGGUCGAAAGUGUGGAGAGAAAAAAGACAAAUUACUAAAGACUUGCACACAGUCAACAGAAGAAAAACAAAAUGAAAACACACCACCUUGUUUACUGCCUGGAUGGGAUUCUUGUGAUGAAUCACAAAGUCCAGUAAUUGAAAAUGAAGAAUGGUUGGCAUUUCUACAUAGAUCUGUACAAGAGGUUCUCGAUGGUGAAUUGGAUUCAUUAAAACAACAGAAUUUGGUUAGUAUAAUUGUGGCACCUCUGCGGAAUACAAACGCAACACCGAAAGUCGUUGAAGGUGUGGCGCAACUGCUAAGUUUGCCGCUAGUCCUUGGUGGUCCAUCCAGUGUUAUAGAUCUUAUUAAAACGGUAUAUGCCGAGGUUAAAUUGGUUCCUAAUUUGAUGUUUGCUUCAAAACUACUUAUAAGCACUAAAAGCAUUAACGAUUCUAAUUCUUCACUGCCUCCCUCAUCGAACAACCGAAAUUCAAUAAGAUCUGUUUCUGAACUUACAAAAGACGAAAUCAUCACAAUAUCUCGUCUCUACGAAUUGAUUUGUCAUUUGGUGCAUCUAAAGGAGCAAUUUCUAUCGCAGUUUUGUGAUGCGGUUGUUAUAUUAUCUGCCGAUGAAUUAUUGAUAAACUUUUUAAGCCAUGAUUUUAAAAACAAAAACACUAUCAGAAUUACAAAUUGUGUGAUAGCUCUGCUUUGUUGCAUACUGCGUGAGUUACCGGAAAAUGCUGAUUUAGUGGAAAAAAUAAUAUUCAGCCCAAAGUUGGAUUUAAUAAAUUUAAUGAAACACGAAGAUCAACUGCUUCGGAUGCGAAUAUGUAUGCUUUUUCGUUUGUUGGGGCGAUUUAGCUUACGUGGUCUUCAAAGUAUAUGGUCAUCAGAAGUAAGAAAGAUUAUCGAAUCAUUUGUUGAUGAUAAAAGUGAAGAAGUUCGCAUGGAAGCACAAUGCAUGUUGGAUGAGUUGAAACAUUUCUCCUUUUAUGCUUAAAUAUUAUUUGUAUUUAGACUUGUAAUGUAUCUUGUAAAAACAAUGCAAGAUUAUAAGCCAUAUUAUAGAAUAAACGAGUAUAUGUACUUUAGAAAUAAGAUUUAAAAUAAAAACAUUG